AUGUCUGUUCUUGAAAAACGUAAACUAAAGCAAGAACUUGCCAAAAAAGAAGAAGAGCUUAAAUCGUUAGAAGACAAAAUCCAAAAAAUUCAAAUGGACAAAGCAAGACUUGAAGGUAGCUGUUCUGCUAAAAGUACCCAGCUGAAAGGAUCUGAGCAUAGUUUAAAUGAUUUACAAAGAACAAUCGCUGAAGUAAACCAAGAAAUUAUCCGUAUCCAGAACUUAAAAGAUAUGCAAAACAAAGACAAGCCUGACAUCUCAAAGCGCGUUGAUGAUAAAGAAUUUAAAGAAGUCGGAAAAAAACUCCAAGAAAAAUUAGAAGAAUUAGCUAAGGCCAAACUGCCAAUUUUGCCUACAAAAACUCGAUCAAUCCACGAUCUCCGUGAAAAAACAGAAAAUGUCCCACUUGUGCAUACCGCAAAAAUCCUUUAUACUAAAAAUUUGAAAGAUGGCGAUUUCCGAAAGCUUGAUCGGUCCAAUGCAGUUGAGCUUAGUGUCCGCUUAAAUUCCUCUAUAUCUAUUUAUAGCGAAUAAAAGCAUUUUUUAUUAUAAAUAAAAUUAUAUUUAUUUAUUUAUAUAAAUUUGUAUACAACUUUUCAACAAUUAAAACUUAUAGCUUGUAAACAUUGGAAUUUAGAUGAAAAUUUAUUUGCCUUAAGAGCCCCAAAUUACUCAUUUAUCGAUCAUUUUAAAGAUAACGUCGUCAAAAUUGUAUGUGAGCAGCGCAUGAAACCUGAGUUCUGAAUAAUCCAAAAAGACAACAGCGCCACUAAAUCUUUUACGGAUCCUGAUGACUAUUUUAUAGAAGAAAACUAUAAAAACCAGUUUUCUAAACAAGGGAAUAGAAGACAAAAAAGAGCCCUUAACGACGAAGGUAGAAAAAUCAAUUAUAAUAAAUUUCUGCUUACUUAUGAAGGCAUGCAAACCCAUCUUCCAGAUGAAGCACAAGUAAAUGAAGACUGGGAAAAGGAAAGGCUAACUUUCCCUCUUAAGUGAAAUAAUAGUUUUGUUCGCUCAUUGAGGGAGGUGAAUUUAUUUUUGUUGGAAAGUAAAAAUAAUUUAAUUCUUAAAAUGUAAAUUAAUAGAAUCAGCUAGAGAUUUCGUUAUAAUAAUUAUCAUAUUUUUUUAUAAAAAUUUUUCUAUUAAAAAGAUUUAUUGUUCACUCACAGAGUGGGAUUUUUCCAAUGGUCUUUUCGCUCACGGAGGGAGUAAGCAUAUGAAGUUUAAGCAGUCCUACACUGGUUGUGAUUACUAUUAUUUUGGCGCUAACUUUAGGUAUUCAUAUCGCGCUAAUAGAUUUAGAAAAAACUUAUUGGAUUUCUUAUGAGGUCGAUUUUUGGCUUUCACAACAAAUUGCAACCACAGAAGAGUAUUUGUCAUCAAUGACGAGUAUUCUGUCUGUAAAAUCUUUUAUUACAAGUGUGCUUGCCCGAAUGGUUUAUGCAUCAAGUUACGAUUCUUCUGACCCUCCUUUGACGAGUGAAUAUUUUAUACCUGUAGGGCCGCUUAGAAUAAGGACUUUAAGGACCCAGGAAAAAAGCUGCUUCCAUAAUGAUGGCCUUGAAAUAGAAAAUGCAACUUGUUAUCAUAGUGAAUAUGAUGAUGAUACUAAAUAUACAGAAAAGCUUAACCUAAAUUCAGGAAAUACCCAGGAUUACGAAAUUUAUAGGUCUACAAGCUACACUAAUAUCAGCUCAAUACUGAUAGGAGAGUUUUCUAAUUAUGACGGAAGCGGAUAUGUCAAAGAUUUUACCUAUUCGUUGACCUUAGAAGAGUUUACAGACCAAAUGAAUGCUAUUUUUGAGAAAGGGUGGAUUGAUAACAGCGUAAGAGCAGUUAUUAUUUCUCUAAGUUUUUACCUCCCAAACUCUGAUUACUGGAUAUGAGACGAUAUUGUAAGCUUUAUUUAGAUUAUAGAAAUCUCUCUGUUAGUUAAUGAGUUUCCCCUCUUUUAUUGAUCUUCGGUUUUCUGAAGCCUUUUAAGUGGAUAUGAGCUCCGCUCUGAGCAAUGGAUCGGCGGGGCUACACGACCCAAGAACUUUAUUCGUCCCCACUUCAAAGAACCCGCCACCUAUUGCCAGUGGUGACGUCUCUCUUAUAGACAAAUUCUCAGAAGAACUUAAGUUCCCCUUCACUGAGUCCAAAGUAAAGGAACUAUCCUUACCAAAACGCCUCCAUUUUAAUGUUAGAAAUCUCUGUAACUGGUCAAAUUAAAGCUAAUCCUAUAAGACCCUACAUUUUUCAUGGGGAUCUUACAUAUGAAGACUAUCGGCCUGCACUUGUAAUGAUGGCGUUCAGGAUCAUUUUUUGUAUUUAUUUCAUAGCCUAUGGAACUAUCAAAGCUUUACAAAGAGACCAAUACGGAAAAAGAAAUUGGAGGAAAUUUGUGUCAGUUUAUUCUUUUAUUGACUGAUUUAUGAUGGCGCUCUUUAUCACAACGCUUGCGUUUGCAGCAAAAAUUAACGCAGACGAAAAAAAAAUUUUAAAAGACAAUUAUUUUCAUGAUUUUAGCGGCUCCAUGUCAAAUGACCGUGAAUUUUUGACAGUGUACAUAUCAUCGAAAUCCAUUUGGUCGAAAAUUUUGAUAGUGCGAGAUUUGGCCGAAAAAUUAACUUUUUUUUCGGUCAAAUGUCUCACUAUCAAAAGUUUUCGAUCAAUUUUCGGCCAAAAAUUUUUCGGUGAAAUGGAUACUAUCAAAAAGGCAAAGCUAUUUGACCUGCACCCGAUUUUAGCACAGUUGGGUUUGCUUAUAGAACAGCCACAAUUAUUAAUGCUUGGUCGUUAUUUUGUGUUAUGUUUAGAAUGGUGCACGUUCUAACUAUAAGCAAACGCCUCUAUUUGCUUACCAAAAAUAUAUCAAUUGUAAAAGAUAUUUAGGCUAUAAAAGACUUGGCGGCGUAUGUGAUUUUAAUUUCUCCUCUGAUAAUCGGAUUUUGCUUUUUAGCGCUUUCUGUGUGGGGAAGCUACUUUAUUUAUUAUCGUAAUUUUGGUUAUGCUCUAUUGUAUAACGUAUUGUUUUCAAUUGGGAUAGGAAAUACCCAAACUCUUAUCAGGAUUAAUGCAUUUUGGACGUUAUUUUUUUAUUCCUUAUUAAUAGUUUAUAACACUUCAAUUAUAGGUCAUUGUACUAUUUUCUGAUUGGCCUGCCUAUUGUUUUUUAAUACGCUGAGGUUAUCAGGGGAAGGUUUUCACGUGAGAAACAGAUUUUAGCACAUGUAGGCCAAUCAGAAAAUAGUGCAAUGCACUAUGCUAUUUUAAUUAUUAUGAAAUUAGAUGUUUUUUAGCUCUUUAUAGUAGAAUAUAUUUGCUAUUUAUUUUUUGUGAUGUUUUUCGUCACUUCAUCCUUUAUAGGAAUCUAUAUGGACGCAUAUCGACAAGUCAGAAUAAGAGAAGGGUACCGAGACGACGUAAAAGUAUGGGGCGUUGCCGAUUAUAUUGUAUGGUUUUUAGGAUGUUUCCCUAAGACAAAAAUCAAAAGCAAAGUCGACAGCUGGAUGCAAGCUAGAAAAAUGAAAAAAGAAUUGAAGAAAAAUAAAGAAAUCCAAAAACUCAGCAAAAAACAAAUGAAAGAGAACGAAGAAACAGAAGAAGAAAAAUCAAAUAAAGAUAAAGACGAAGGAAGAGAUAGACUUAUGGACAAAAAGGUUACUAUUAUGAUACCUAAUUAA